CCCCGGAAUGCCCGGGCGGGCGGCGCGUCAGAGAGGCACCGCCAUCCAACCUCUGCGGGUGGGCAGCCGGCCCGGCAUGAGGGUUUCUGAUGAAAAAUACUGCUGGAUAUUUCACAAAAAGUUUCUUAAGCCUUUCCUGUUCUUCCUAAAUAUUAUUGCAUACCUGAAGAAAGGAAAGUUUGGUGCAGUCCCAGUCAGUCUGAGUUCUACUUUAAUACAGAGACAUAACAAUUUUUGCUUGCCAAGUUACAUGAAGCACAAAUCAUCCCUGCCAUGUGAAUCCAGACACGUUGCUGUUUGAAGAAAAAUAAGUGCCCAAAUGAGGAAGUUUGCCACUCAUACGUGAAUCAUAACACAGUUUGGAACUGAAAGAGAAGAUUUCACCUUCUGGAGCAUAGAUUUCAUGGAUUCAAAUUCCAACACUGUACUUGUAACUGGUUUUGGUCCCUUUAGACAAUACCUGGUUAAUUCUAGCUGGGAAGCAGUGAAGGAGCUGUCCAAGAGAGGCCUUGGUAAGGACAUUGAUCUCCAGAUCAUGCAGCUGCCCGUGGCUUACCAAAAAGCAAAGGAGAAAGUCUUCAAGAUAUGGACAACUCUUCAGCCACUGCUUACUGUUCAUGUUGGGCUGGCUUCCACCUCCAAAGAACUCAUCAUCCUUGAGCAGUGUGGGAAGAACAAAGGCUACCAAGAGAUGGAUGCUUGUGGUUUUCACCCAGAAGGUGGCUGUUGCAUACUAGAUGGUCCGGAAAAGAUUGAAUCUAUAAUUAAUAUGAAGAGUCUCUGGAAAAACAUUUCACUGGAAGGAAUCGAUAUAAUCUUUUCCAGAGAUGCAGGAAGGUACAUCUGUGAUUACACCUACUACACUUCCCUGUAUUAUGGCAAUGGAAGAGCAGCUUUCAUCCAUGUGCCUCCAUUAUCCAAAUCAGUAACAGCCCACAUUCUAGGAAAAGCAUUACAGACAAUUAUCUUAGAAAUGUUAAAACAGUGUAGAGAAGAAAGAGAGUAG